UUCAACGAGCCACAAAACAAGUUUGUCGGGUGUUCCCCAGAUGGGGUAUCUAUCAGCAAAACAAUUGACUUUACCGCGCGCGUCAAGUUUUGGACGUCAAAUUUUGAAGGUUUCUUCAAUUUUCAAUAAAAACGUUUUCAUAGAAUUCCACACAGACCACACCUACGUCAGGCCGAAAUGAAUCCCGAAGCAGUGACAAUAGAUUGCUCUUGGAAGAUCGAAAAUGUUGAUGCUGUUCGAACAAAAAUUUUGUGGAAGGAACAAUUGUCUGAAUUGUCUGAGGAAACUAGUAUUGAAAAUUGCUUUAAUAUGAGUCAAUCGAAUCCUGACUCUGGCCCCUGUACACUAAAAAUUAUUCUUAAAAACAACAGAAAAUUUGCUGCCCUUCAAAUUUUAUCUGAGGUUCCCAUGAUAGAAGUACAUGGGCAGUAUGAAGAAUAUCUGAUGACAGUGAGAGGGGAACUUCUGGAAGAAGUAGAAGGCACUUCUUUGUAUGAAUGCAGAAUAGAUCUGAAGAAGAUGCAGUCAGAAAUAAUUCUGAAGUUUUGCAAACUAAAGGAAGCAACAACUGUAUGGGUGUAUGGGAUCUCUGCAGUGACGGUGGAAGCUACCCCUUCAAUGCGAUCUCUCUCGGGGCAAUCUGCUGGCGCUAAUCAUUUGCUGUCCUCAAUAAUGCAAGGAUUCAAUCAAGAUGGGAAAAAUGUUGACAGUAUCGAGAUGAUAAUAGACAAGAAAAUUAAGGAGAUGGAAGAACGCAUGAUGGCCAGAAUUGAGGAACGACUUGGCCGCCUAGAGAAACGAAUGGAGGAAGACAAUUCAAAAAUGAUCUCAAUGCUAUUAGACCUGAAAACAAGUAACAAAUAAAUGGUACAUGCUAAUGCA